UCUUUUUCUUAGAUUUUUAUUUUAUUUCAAUUUUAAUUACAAAUUAUAAUAAUAAACAUAAAAUUACGUACGCGAGUACAUUUAAUUAUUAUAAUAUUAUCUUAUUAAUAAAUUGAUUUUUAUUUGAAGUUUACCUUGAGGGUUAAUGAUCUGAAAUAAUUCAUUCACAAAUUAAAUUAAAAAAAUAAUUCGUCUCUUAGCAGAUGUCCAUACGGUAAUGCUUUCACUAGAAACUGUGAAAAUAAGACUCUGUUUCUGACAUAUAUAGUUCUGUACCACCCCUUUGUGGAUAUGACAAAUCGUCGACAUAAUUGCAGUACGGUUUCGCUUUCAUUGUUAGAUUUCCAUGUGAUAUUAUCACGAUGCGUGACGUUCUACUACCUUCUCGCGUCAUUCUUUUAGUCACUCUUACCGAAAUUGUGAGUGCUCACAAUUAUUUCGAAGCUGAAAUAAUUUGUCUUUUGCAACAUUAAUUGUUCGACUAUUAACGUGUCAAACUGAUUUUUCAGUUUCAGUCUUAUUCUAAAAAUAUACCAUGUCUUGAUUUUAGAUAUCGUUUCAAGGUAAACAAUUCUAAAGCGAGAAAGUGGAUGUACAUACUUUGGAGCAAUAAUAACGACAGUGAAAAGAAAUGAGCGUAAACAUUUCAUAGAUUCUAUGUAUGUACAUUUGUCUUUGCAGAAUGGAAUUCGUUCUGGACGUUGCUUAGGAAAAUUUGCGAAAGUUACGCGAAAGGCACGACAUGUGCAGUGUACGUGCGUAAUUGGACAAUUCGUCUCUUUCACGCUCGUUAAUUCUAUUCGAGAAAAGGAAUUUCCUGUUCGUCGAAGGGGUGGGCUAGGCAUUAUACAUAGUCUGCUAGCUAGCUAGAACUCGACUUUGUAGAAAACUGUCCAUCAAUGCCAUCGUGUUUGAUAAAAGAACAUACGAUAUACGAAAGUUUUUCAAAAAUGAACGUGAUCUUCUUACUUGUGUUUCUUAUUAUACAAUUAACAACAGCCGAUUAUAUAUCUACUGGAUUCGAUAAAGGAAAAACUUCCAAAAUGAAAAAUCCAUUUUAUGGUCAUUCGAAACCACGAUUUAUUUCGUUCGAUUCCGAAGAAGGAAAUAUCGAUAUCAGUUGGGACGUAUCGAUACCUUUUAUUUCUAUUCCAUUAUUAUAUAAAAAUGAAGAGAACGAACAUUCGCCAACGCUUCUCAAUGUUAAUACAAAAGCAUUAACAAUCGCUGGAUUAGUGACAGGAAUUUCUUCUUUAGUUGCACCACUAUUUUCAAAACCAAUUACGUCGUCAUCGCAAUCGCAUUAUCGAACGGACGAGGGAAUGGAAUGGUCAACAAUGGGUAAUACAAUUAAUGAAAUAAUUUUUUCGAAUAAUUAUAUAGCUCCUUGUAUGCAACAUAUUGUUUGUUCGAUCGUAUCGGCCGCCAGUCGUGCAGAUAAUCCUACAAGUACAGAAAAAAUUAUCGAUGGUUUAUCCAGUCAUAGAUGGUUCAAAGAUGCGACAAAUGGGACACUCAUACAAGAUGCGAUUUCGAUAGGUCGUGAUGAUAAUCGUGAUUGUACAAGAGUUUAUAAAAAUUGUUUGAUAACGCCGAGACUUUUCAAAAGUUUCAUGAAUCAAUUCGGAAUAAUGUGAGUUGAUCAAAAAAUUACGAAGAAAAAACGGAUCAAAUAUUAUCUAUCUCAUAUUCCAAUUAUUAUGAUAAUAAUUUAAGAAUAAUUUGAUAUUGUUAAGUUUUUCAAUAUUUAUGAAUUAAUUGCUAUUAU